AUGCAUUUGAUCGCGCUCUGUACUUUGUCCUUGCUGGUGGCACUUGGGUCUUGCAACAAGAACUACACAGUAACAUCAUUAGUGGAACUAGACAUCGAAGUGAAGAAUUACAAUGGUAAAGGCGAUGACCUGAACGGCAAAGUGGUCAUUGGAUUGUUUGGGGAUACAGUGCCGGUUGCCACCCUCAACUUCAAGACACUGUGUGAGGGUUUUAAGAGACCAAAUCAACCAACACUCAGUUACAAGAACACCAUCUGUCAUCGAAUCAGCCGAGACAUGUUCCUUCAGUGCGGAGACGUGUUCAACAAAGAAGGUUAUGGCAGCACCAGUAUCUAUGGCGAAUACUUUAACGACGAGAAUUUCAUUAUCAAGCACACCAGCGGGGGUAUCGUUACUAUGGCAAACAAGGGUAAGGACACCAACGGCUCUCAUUUCAUCAUUCUCCUGGGACCCGGCAGAUACUUCGACAACAAACACGUCGCUUUUGGCAAAGUCGUCAGUGGUUAUCAAUACAUCGAAGCUCUCAAUCGCAUUGGUCCUGUAGACAGAAGUGGCAAACCCAAAAGAACCAUCAAGAUCGUUGACUGCACAGCCAAGGAAGUUGAACAAAAGUACGAGCUGACAGAAAAAGACCUCAAGACGGAUGACUUGGAAGGAAUUGUUGGUCAUUAA